GGAUUAGUUUCUAGAAUAGAGAAUAGUGGCCUUCGGGAGAAAGAGCAAGCAGAGGAAGCAAGAAAAUGGCCACCAUUGUUAACCCGGAACAAGAUGCACUUCAGGACAAGUCUAGCCGUUAUGAACUCCUGGCCUGGCUUAACAAAACACUUCAAACUAAGUUUACUAAAAUGGAAGAAAUAUGCUCAGGGGCAUGUUUUUGCCAGCUGAUGGAUUGGCUAUUUCCAGGGUCGAUUGACAUAAACAAAGUCAGGUUUCAGUGUCAGGAGGAGGCAGACUUUCGCCACAACUAUAGUCUUUUGCAGACAGGAUUCAAAAUAAUGGGUGUCACAAAAUCUAUACAAGUGGAAGAGCUCAUAACAGGGAAAUUCAGGCCUAAUUUUACUUUUCUAAAGUGGUUUCGGAAGUUUUUCCAAGCUAACUUGACUGGACAGGUAUAUGACCCCCUGAAGGCACGUAAUGGACAAGAGUUUGCAACUGCACAACCCAAUCUUCAGUCUCCCCAUAGAUCAAAAUUAUCAACAAACUUCAAUACCUCCGGAAAAGUGAAGGAGGAUCCUGACUCAGAUGUGGAUGUCACUGAAAUGAAGUCAAUUACUUAUGACCCCAACUGGCAAGAAACCUUCAGAUGGAUCAAACCCAGCACUCUGGGGGAUAUCUAUGCAUACUGUACAAUCUGUGACUUAAAUAUUACUGUUUUAAACUCAGGACUGCUUGAUUUAAAACACCACCAGCAGUGUAAAAAUCACAAAAAGCAAGAGCUAAAAACAUUCAGAAAUGGAAACCAGGUGAAAAAUUUCACAUGUAGUGAACUCAUGAUGCGCUUUAUUCAAAAGCACUGUCUGCCUUCUCACACUAAGAUUUCCCAGCAUACUGCCAGGCAUGUUCUUGGAUUACACUAUCCAAAAGACAUUUCUUCUGCUGCUAAGAAGGUCCCUUACUGUGUCUACCUUUAUGGAAAGGUGGCACUAGAUAAAGAGAGUGACGAAGAGAACUACAGCUGUGUAGUUCUUCUGGGGUUCUUUGAUGAAAAGGCUGCAAAACAUUGCAUUAGGAUUCUUGAUAUUUUUCAGUGUGUAGACUCUGAGGAUGCUAUUGCCGAGUCUUUGCAGGAUAUUAUGGGAAAAUUUGAGUUAUCUAUGAACAACAUGGCAGCUUUCUAUGUUGAUGACCAAGAUGAGCUGUCUGGGAAGGUUUCCCUGAAACUGAAGAAGCUUUAUCCAAAAGCGGUUGCUCUUGGUGGUCUUUAUCGCUUGUCAGAUGCAGCCUGCAAUGUGGGAGUAAAGGCUUUUUCUGAGGUUCAACAGCUUAUCGUUAACAUUUAUGAACAUUGUUCUACUCAUUGCACUAAAAAUGAGAAUAUCAAGGGAUUAUUUGCUGGUGUUUGGUGCCUUGAUGGCUCUGUCCAUACUCUCUCCCAGAACAGCAAAAAUCUUUGUACCCUAAUAAACAAGUUGCUUGAAAUAUGGAAAGACUUGAUCUCAUACUUCACUUCCUGCAGUGAGAAUGAUGUCAAAGCCAAACACAUUUGCUCUCAGUUGGAGGAUCCCAAACUCAAGAUCACCUUUAUGUUCUUAGACCAUGCUUUUGGACCACUUAAAGUGUUUAAUGAACGUCUGGAAAGGCGUGAAGGUUUUGCUCGUGCAGACCUUGUUCAGAUCCUGAGGGAAGCAAGUGGCCUACUUCGCUCCUAUGCAUCAACGUUUCUCCAACCUCAGGCUGUGGUACGUUUUCUGAAGGAACGAGACGCAGCCAUUCUUGAGAACCCAAAGCUUCAGCUUCCUAGCAAUGAACUGAGCUUUGCUGCGGACACAUUAGAGAAAUUUAUGUCUGAAAUAGAACCAGAGCUUACUGACUUUCUAGAUACAUUUCAGGAUGCCUGUUUGGCUUUUUAUAAGGCAAUUACAGCUUGCAUUGCUCAGGGGUUGCCUUUGAGUGAUGGUAUCCUGAGGAGUAUGUCUCAACUUCUGUGCCCAGAGGGACGGUUAAAGAUUACAAGCAAAGGUGUCAUAGAGCUUGGUGAACAGUUUGGCCUCUCAGCCAACCCUGAGUUAUCUGCCCAGCUCAGAGAUGAGUUUUUAGAGUACCAGCUCAGAGAGGAAGAAAAUAGUGAAGACAGUGGUGAGAAUGGACAUGCAGAAGGCCAAUCAGAUUGCUUUACUAAUUCUUCAUUGGAGCAUCAUUGGAGCUCUGUCCUCAAGACCACUGCAAAAACAUCUGUCUUCAGAAAACUUGUCCUUAGUUUGUUAGCUUUGCCCUGUCCACCACUUGAAGCUGGGAAAGUCUUUGCUCAGGCAGUGGAGAAUGGGGACAUAAGCAAAUUAGAUGGUCAUGUGGCGGACAGUGACUCUGAUAGCCUCCAUUCAUCCUCAGAGGUCUCCAGCACGAAGAAAUCAUCUGUCAGAACCGAGAGGAAAAAGAGGACAUCAGAGAUGAGUGACCAUUCAGUCUCAGUGAAGCCAUGCACGGUGCGACUGCAGAAGAUAACCAAUAAGACAGUGUUGAAAAUAAACAAUGAUGACGAUCAAGUCUUUACUGAAGAUGAUGUAGUCUGGACCAAGGAGAACUCCAUUAGGGGGAUUUACGGUUGGGAAAGCAGUUUGCGACAGAAGCCGCAGGCACGCUCUCUCUUUCAGUCUGGGUCAGACACUUGGGCCAAACCACAGAGCCUACAAUUGAACAAAAAGGAAGAGGCGACAAAAAACAAUACAGGACAAGCUGUAUCAAGCAUCACGAAACCAAGUCCCAAGCCUGGAAAGAGAUUUCAAAUGUACAAGGAUGGAAAGGGUUUUAGCGUUGGACAGCUGGUAUGGGGGAAGGUGAAGGGUUUCUCAUGGUGGCCUGGUCUUGUGGUUGCCUGGAAGACAAAGACAUCUCCCAAAUUUAUGAGACGGGUGGAAUGGUUUGGAGAUGGCAUGUAUUCAGAGAUUUACACAGAGAGGCUUUUGCCUUUUGGAGCAUUUGCAAAGUGCUUCUGUAGCAAAUCUUUUGCUAGUCUGCCCACUUACAAAGAUGCCAUUUACCAAGUUCUUGAGUUGGCAGGUGAGCGUUGUUCAAAGACCUUUGCAUCCUCAGGGAACAAAGAGGGAGAGAUAAAGGCUAUGCUGGACUGGGCUUUUAGGGGAUUUCAACCCACAGGCCCUGAUGGAUUUUCACCUCAAGACAAUUAUGAUUCAUCUGUCAACCAAAAGGCUGAAUUGUCAGACUCCUCUAUAUAUGAUUAUCAACCUCCAGCCAAAAGAAAAUAUGUUUAUAAAGCCAGACCUUCCACAACUCAGGAGUACACAAGAGAGCAAAUGGUUCAUGAAGUUUCAGAAAAAGGGAAAAAGAUUGAAGAUUUCUGCCUUUCAUGUGGUACUGCAAACGUGGAGAUAUUCCAUCCACUCUUUGAAGGGAGCCUUUGUUUAAAAUGCAAGGAGAAUUUUACAGAGACUUUAUUUAGGUAUGAUGAAGAUGGAUAUCAGUCUUACUGCACUAUCUGCUGUGCUGGACAGGAGGUCAUUCUGUGUGGCAAUGCCAGCUGCUGCAGGUGUUAUUGUAAAGACUGUCUUAAUGUGCUGGUUGGACCAGAGACAUUUGAUAAGUUGACAGAAGUAGAUCCAUGGAGCUGCUAUAUUUGUCUGCCCCCUAACAAAUAUGGUGUGCUGAAGCUAAGACAAGACUGGAGUGUGCGUGUACAGGAGUUCUUCGCCAAUAACAGUGCUUUUGAAUUUGAACCACACAGAGUUUACCCCUCAAUUCCCGCUCACCAGCGCCGGCCUAUAAAGGUUUUAUCCCUCUUUGAUGGAAUUGCCACAGGCUACCUUGUUCUAAAAGAUCUAGGGUUUAAGGUGGAGCGUUACAUUGCUUCUGAGAUCUGUGAGGACUCUAUUGCUGUAGGUAUGGUCAAGCAUGAAGGAAAGAUUGAAUAUGUCAAUGACGUGCGAACCAUCACUAGGAAACAUCUGGCAGAAUGGGGACCAUUUGACCUUCUGAUUGGUGGCAGUCCCUGUAAUGAUCUGUCCAUGGUGAAUCCAGCCAGAAAAGGACUUUUUGAGGGCACAGGCAGACUGUUCUUUGAGUACUACCGUAUGCUAACUAUGAUGAGGCCCAAAGAAGUCGAUGACCGCCCGUUCUUCUGGCUUUUUGAGAAUGUGGUGGCCAUGAGCGCACAUGAUAAAGCUGACAUUUGUCGAUUCUUGGAGUGUAAUCCGAUCCUGAUUGAUGCUGUGAAAGUGAGUCCUGCCCACAGAGCUCGCUACUUCUGGGGCAAUCUACCUGGAAUGAACAGACCACUGUCCAUAUCACUUAGCGACAGAGUAGAGCUUCAGGACUGCCUGGAAGUCGGUCGAGUUGCUCAGUUUAAUAAAGUCCGUACCAUCACAACAAAAUCUAAUUCGAUUAAGCAAGGGAAAAUGGGGCCUCUUCCUGUUACCAUGAAUGGAAAGGAGGAUUACCUUUGGUGUACAGAGAUGGAAAGUGUAUUUGGCUUCCCUAAGCAUUACACUGAUGUGAAUAACAUGGGUCGAGGCCAGAGGCAGAAAGUUCUGGGACGUUCUUGGAGUGUUCCUGUGAUUCGUCACUUAUUUGCACCACUGAAGGAUUACUUUGCAUGCGAAUCUUAGGUAUCCUAUACUACUAUCCUUUAACAACCUUGAGAUUCAAAAGAAUAGAAAAAGUUGCAUUGUGGAAUUUUCUACCUACAACCCUAAAGUCAAUGUUUCUUAACAGUUUUUUUACUUAAUGAAUUUUUGGUGCUUUUAAUGAGUUUUAUGGUGCUUUGCAAACUUUGACCUCACUGAAAAUCUGUUUUAUGGCACACUUUUUCUGUUUUAAAGUGAUCACUGAUCACUUUUUCAGCUUGGUCAGAAUGCACAGACACUUUUGGUUCUAUUUUCUACAUCUUAUGUACUGUUGAUCUAGUUUUGUUGAGACUGUCUUAAUGACAUUGUUGUGCUAGAGCGAGCCACUGAAACCCCACCCCCACUACCUCAGUUAUAAAAUGUGACUGGUGCAUUAUCUGGAGAAAUGCUGUUUGCCUAUUUAUAUGUAAUGAAUGACAGUGAGUUGGGCUUAUAGGCACUCAUAAUAUUACAUAAACUUAUCUGGUCAGGAGUUUAAUUAUCUUUUCAUUUUUCUUAAUCUAAUUAUCAAAACUGCCAGUUUAAUUUAUGUCAUCAUGCAUUUUUCUUAUACCUUUUCUGUCACAGUUUAGAUAUUCAUUUUACACUACAAUCACUGGUUCCCUUGACAGCAUUUUAAUUAUAUAAUUAAAAUUAUAUAAUAUUUUUAAUUACUUACUUACAUGAAAUCGUAUAAUUUUAUAGUAAAAAUCCCAAAGCAGAUUUGAAUAUGAAUUUGGAACACAAAUCUAACCAUAAAGUAAAUAAGCCUCAGCCUUUUUAAUUUGUCAGCUUUACUUUUUGAUCUUCAUGCAAGUAUACCAGUUUUAUUGAAGUUUAUGUAAUAUAAUCAUGAUGAAAAGACAACUUCCUAAAAUAAAUUAAGUGCCUACAACAAGAAGACAGUUAAUAUUUUAUACAUGACUACAGUGAUUCCUGAGUACAUUUUAAUAUGACUACCAUUAUCGCUGUAUUUUGAAUCAAGCCACAUUAACAGUUUGUGCGUACUAAGAAAUGCCAAAAAAAAAAAAAAUUGAAGUCACAACUGUCCCAUCAUCAGUGAGGUGCUAUAAAUGUAGGUAGUCAUAUUUACCCAGGAAGUUCGAGGUGCUAACAGCGCAGCAUUUGCUUGGUGCGUGGUGCUUAUUCUGUGGAAGCUGUAGAUUUAGUAUUUAUUCUGUAUACAAAAUUAUAAUAAUCAGUUACUAUUUACUGACAUUUCAUUUUUUCAUUUAAUUCAGUUAGAGCAAUGCAUCAUAACAAUUAAACAACUUGCUGGGUUCACAUUUGAAACGAAAUUUAAAAUGAUGAUAAAAUGCAUGUGCAUUUAUGCAAAAUGCAUGAGGUUUGACUAGCUGAGUGGUUUAGCAUAUUCACUUGUUAAUUCUUUAAUGUAACGUCUGAAAUGUGUAUCUUUUUGUAGCAUAGUAAAUGUUAGCAUUUUAGAAUUACAAAAAACUAUUUUAAACCAAUAGGUCCUAUGUCCAUGGAGAACACUUUAGAACAGACUAUUGUUUUUAUUGACAAAUCAGUUGUUGCUCAUGAUUUUUGAUUAGUUGCCUUUUAAUUUUCUUGUGAUUGAUUUUAGUGCUGAACUUUUCUCAUGAACAUUUAUACUGUGUGAGUGUUUAUGUUACCAACAACAGUAGGUGGUCUUUGCUGUACAAGCUAGGUAUGGCCUCCGAAGUGUCGAGCGGAAAAGACGUACAUUUUUUUUUUGCUAAGUUUACAUUUUUAUAAUGUAACUUGGUGCUCCACUAAGCUUGAACGAUGUGAUGUAACUGCCAACUAAUAAAUUGUUUCAACAUUCUGUUUAAA